UGAAUGUGGUCUCACCAUAGCUAAAAAGCUUGAAACUCAUGAAGUUGGAGAUCUUACUGAGGCGUACUUACUAGAAGAACUGCACCCAAAGCGAGAACCUUUGUCGCGCGGAUUUGAUAGACCAAAGCCACCUGGGAGACGAACCCAUCGAACUUGA